UUCCCCUCUCCCCGUCUCUGGAUCCCUCACUUGUUCCAAACGCCAGUUUUUGAUCACCGUUUUUUCUCUCUACCCUAGCUCUCUUCCACACAAUCUUGAACUGAUUCGGACAAGACCCGUAAAAUAAUUCAAGAGAACUCAAAUGAAGACGAUCAUUUCGCAGUUGAUCCAUUCGAGAUCGUCCCUGUCUCGUUUCUACGCAAUGGCUGCUUUCAGAAAUGGGAGAUGCCUGUCAACAGAUUCUAAUAAGGUUGAUGAACCCUUGAAAGUUGAGGAAGCAGAGACAGUAGAUAUACCGCCACCUCCAACUGAGAAGUUGCUUGUGUUGGGUGGAAAUGGAUUUGUUGGCUCUCAUAUUUGCAAAGAAGCUUUAAGUCGAGGUAUCGCUGUUGCUAGCCUUAGCAGGUCUGGUAGGUCAUCUAUAAAUGAUCCUUGGGCUAACAACAUAGAGUGGCAUCGAGGAAACCUUCUUUCAUCUGAUUCAUGGAAGGAAGCGCUGAGUGGGGUGACUUCUGUUAUCUCUUGUGUUGGUGGUUUUGGCUCAAGCUCAUACAUGUAUAAGAUCAAUGGAACUGCAAACAUAAAUGCAAUCAGAGCUGCUGCAGAAAAAGGUGUGAAAAGAUUUGUUUAUAUCUCUGCGGCUGACUUUGGUGUGGCAAAUUAUUUACUGCAAGGAUAUUAUGAGGGAAAGAGAGCUGCUGAGACGGAGCUAUUGACCAAAUUUCCAUAUGGAGGUGUAAUUUUGAGGCCUGGAUUUAUAUAUGGGACUCGCCAAGUUGGGAGCAUGAAGUUACCUCUCGGAGUGAUUGGCUCUCCGUUGGAAAUGGUUCUCAAACAUGCAAAACCACUGAACCAAGUCCCACUUGUAGGACCCCUCUUCACUCCACCAGUUAAUGUAAAGUCGGUGGCUAAAGUUGCUGUCAGAGCUGCAACUGAUACUGUUUUCCCUCCCGGCAUCAUUGACGUCUAUGGGAUAUUGCGAUACACCCAGCCAAAGUCAAGUUAGAUCCGUCAAAUCCUUUCUUUUCUUUUGUUCAUCAAUACAGAAGUGUCCAUAGAAGCUGUUGAUUUUUCUCUGGUUGGAUUAGAACCCUUAAAACUCCGUUGGUGGUUGAAAUAAAGGGGAGGGAGCAGUUUUGUUGAGCUGAUAUUUUUGGUGCAAUAAACAGAGUAUUCAUACUCUUACUAA